UCACAACCCACAACCUUUAAUCGUAUAUAUUUUCUGAGGCUUCCAAAAGAUUUUGUCCACCUGAGCUCUCUCUUGCUGGUUCUUACAGAUCGCAAAUCCCACUGAGGUUGAUUUGAGCAAUCUUUCUGCUGCGGGAAAGCGUAAUUAAUCUCUUAUAGUUGAUUAAGGGAGAGGCCAAGCAGAAGGCGGCUAUGGCAGCAAAACAGCUUCUGUAUCUUCCUUCUUUCCCACCUUCUUCUUGUUCUUCUCCCUCCAUUUUCAAAUCCUCAAAAUGUCUGGUUCCACUCAAGGUUUCAGCAGAAUCCACACAAAAAGAAAUAAGAUUUUGUGCUGUUUCUUGUGCUUCUAUCAUGGCAAGUUUGGGGUCCAAAAAGGGUGGGGCUGCUAUCUUGGAGCGGCCUACUUUUGAUCAGUCCCAAUUUGACCCAUCUACUCAAGUUGAAGAAGGAGGAGAUAUAGGACGGCUAAGAGACAGGAGAGGUGCUGGCAGUGGAGAUAGCUACAGAGUGUUGCUGAUUGAUGAUAUGCGCCACUCUGAGAAACUAGUGGUGAAGGUAUUGCCACAAGUCGUCCCAUCAGUGACGCCUGACAAUGCACGAAAGCUAUUUCACCAGUCGAGAGAAAAUGGUGUUGCAGUUGUUAUAGUUACUGUUAAGGAACACGCCGAGUUCUAUGCACAAAUGAUGAUCCGCGGGGGACUUCGAUCAUUGAUCGAGCCUGAUUCAAGUACUGUGUGAAGCAGGCAGCAGAGGAUAUUGGUGGGCACGCAAGAGUUGAACUUUAAGAUACAGUAGUAGUCUACAGUUUUGAAAAUGAGCCUUUUUCAAUGGAUGAGAGUAUAAUGCCCUGCUUUUUGCGGUUGGCUUUGUCCGUUACAUGGUUGGUCGAGCACAUCUAAUCAAAUGAGCCUUUUUAAAUGCA